UUAUUUUUAACUUGACGAAUGUUUUGUUCUGUGUGCAAUUGGUGACUUUCGUGAUGGCGCAAUUCUAACGGAUUUUUUUUAAUAUACAUGAUACUAACGAAGUAUUCUGCAAACUUCCAGAAAUUUUAUCGAAAAAUAAAAUGCCUAUACCAGAUAUGCUCGAAUUAAACAAGUCGAACACGACAAGCCUAUUCUCCCAAGUGCUUUGUGUUACCGAUUCUGACGAAACAUCUUCGGAGCAUAAUAGAAGUGUAAUCCAAAACUUGUUGCAGAAUACUAACAAUCAUGAGAUUAUAGAUUUGACGAUCAAUGAUGAUUCUGAAAUAUUGGACACGGAACCUAAUACUGAAACUAAUAGUCAAAAAACACAGCGUCAGCGAAUCGGCGAGACUGAAGAUCUAUUUGAUGUAAAUGAAGAUUCGUCUCAAUUUCUUAAUAUUUCGAAGAGCACGAACAAAAAUUCAGCAAAAAUGAGCUCAUCGACUAUGAAACGCUUGAAUGAUUUUUUUGAUAAGAUACCAGAGCCAGAAGAGGUGAUUCAACAUCAAAAUGUGAACGAUACGCAGUCAUCCGUCGACAGAUUUUUGUCGGAAGUGCGUGAUAGAAGUGAAGAAAUUAAUAUCAAUGAAACGCAAUCUAGCUCAGUUCGUUCAGACGACUCUCAAAUAAGUGAUGACGAUACAGAAGUCCCUAGGAAUACUCAACAAUCAGCACAGAUUUCGACACAAAAAACAGAAGAUAUGUGGAAACCGAGAAUCAACAUAUCUGCCAAAAUCAAUAUCAACAUCCAGGUAUCUCAGGUGAAUAGUUCAUCGGAAUCUGAAACUGAAGCAGAAAGUAGCAGGUUUAAAACGCACCAUGGCAUAUCACCGACACCAUUCAUCGAUCGUGAUAUGAUGAGCGUUCUCACCGAUAUCUAUGGCGACUCAUGGCGGACACCCGAAAUGUUGAAAUAUUGUAAGCCAAACGAAUUUAAACAUGGUAACUCCGAAGGUAAAACGAAUUAUGCAAAGGAACGUCUCAAAAAACGAGAAAAGGAUAUUUCUGUAUCAUUCUUGGGAUCUUUAGACGAUCAAACACCAUUAGAAAAUUGUUGUAAAGACGCAUUAAAAUAUAGGAAAAAAUUUGACUUGCAUAAGGAUGAACUUUCAGAAAUAUUGUACAAUAUGUACAACGAAAAAGUAUUCCAAAAUCAAUUAACAAUACCUCUCAGUUGGAACAAAAAAUUGACAACUACUGCCGGCAGAUGUUUUAAUAUAAAAAAAAAUAACGAACGAUCGUGUCGAAUUGAGUUGAGCAAUAAGAUACUAACAACGGCUGGCCGAUUGCGUUGUACGUUAAUCCAUGAAAUGUGUCACGCAGCCGCAUGGAUUUUUCACAUGGAAAAUGGUCAUGGUAAAUGCUGGAAAAAAUGGACCAGGCAAGCAAUGAAUAUCUUUCCGGAGCUUCCUUCGAUUACGGUGUGCCAUCGGUAUGAAAUCGAAUACAAGUACACUUAUCAGUGCGUCCUCUGCAAAAAAGAAUACAAAACCCAUUCACGUUCUAAAAAGACUGAAAACAUCCGGUGUGCCUAUUGCUAUGGGAAAAUUGAACUAUUCCUGAACAAAAAAAAUAAAGAAGGUAAAAAAGUAACUGUUCCCGUGAAACCUACACGUGGCUUUGCUUUGUUUGUGAAAGAUAAUUACAAGGAAAUCAGACCCAUUGUAGAAACACACGCUGAUGCUAUGAAGAUGCUGGGAGAAAAAUUUAGCGCAUUAAAUACGGAACAAAAAACCCAAUACUCGUAGGAUCUCUUGAUGUGUACAAAAAACAUAGCCCGUAACAAUUUUUUCAUGCUUCAAGUUUGAAAUUCACGAAAAGGCCGAAUUGGUGAGAAAAGAUGAUUACGUGUCCUUACAAAACAAACAAAUAAAAAUUUGAAACAUCAAAA